CAUCUAUGGCAGAGGAGUCGAACCCCAGCAGGGAAAUCGAUGUCCAUAGCGCCGACGCUGCAUCCCCCGAUGCGGCAAUAUCCAAACCAAUAGCUCGUCCUAACAAGAGUGAGUUCGACGCAAAGAUUGUGGCCCUGAAUGACGAAGUGCAGGAUUUCAAUGAGCGACUCUCGGAGGUUGAUGCAAAGAUCGCGGAAGCCAAGAGUUCGGGCGGUGAUCAGUCAGAAGAGCUUCGUGAGGCACGCACAACUAUGAAAUCAUUACGUGAAAGGAAAGACACCAUAAUGCGUGAUCGUGCUGAGAUAGCCGCCCUGCAGAAGUCCGCUAAGGCUUCGCUAGAUUCGAAAAUAACGGCUGGUCGAUCUCUUCGAGCGGAGCUCAAAUACACAUCACCUGACGAGAUUGAUAAACGAAUCGCAGAGCUUGAGAUGAGGCAGUCAACUACUUCCAUGUCGCUAAAAGAAGAGAAGGUCCUGCUCAAGGAGAUAGAUCAGCUUAAGCAAUCCAAGAAGUUGGUGACUCAUCUUGCUGCAAACAACGAUUCAAUAUCCUCGGAGCGGAAGAACUCUCAAACUAUAUCUGAGCAACUGACUUCGAAAAAUGCUGAGCUAGAUGUUCUCAAGAAAAAAAUUGAAGAGCAAAAAGAAAUACUUGAGACACUGAACGAGGCUAAUUCUGAGCGGCGUGCUGUGCUGCCGGCACUCUUCAAAGAUAAGGAUGCCCUACGAAAGGAUAAACAAGCUAAAGUCGACGCGAUUAAGUCCUUGCGGGCAGAUUUUCGCAGUGACGUUUUUAAUGCACUUGCACAUUUAGGCGCGCACCAGCGUGAAGUCCGUCGUGUUCGCAAUGAAGCUCGCAAAGCAGAGGAUGAAGCCCGCCGCGCCGAACUCGAGAAGAGGCGAAAAGAAGCCGAAGCGGAGGAACUUAAGCGUGUGCCGUUUGAGGAAGAGAUGGAGCUUUGCUCUUACCUGGCCAACUAUCUUGAAAUCACAUACUGCAAAGAUGUCCAAAAUCCAAAAUCCGAGGCGGACAAGCCAACCGCGGCGGGGGAAUUCGAGGGUCUUGUGCUAUCAGGCAAGAAUGCAGCCAAAGGUCACGAAGAAGAUUACUUGAGCUUGAACAAGGCCACGGGUAAGAAAAAGGGUCGCGGUAAGAAAAAGGGUGGUCUCAAAGUUCAUGAGAAGAUUCUCUUGGUCCCCGAAACGAUUGAGAUCUUCGCUCUUCUUGGCCUUGAACCGCCAUCGACUGUUUCCGGCGUUGUCGAUGCUGUGAAACGCCUCACGGAGAAAAAGUUGUGGUUCUCUGAAUUGGAACGUGGCGCAAUGCCAUCGAUCCGUGACAAGCAAAAGGUUCAAGAGGCAAAGCAGCAACACGGGAAGCGCGAUCGUGAUGACAAAGACGUUGUUCCAGCUAUGCACGCAACCCCCCAGGCCAAACUCAAAGGUACCGGCUUUAAUGCUGCUGAUCUUGCCAGUGCUGAAGAUGCAUUCCCGUCCCUUCCCGGUUUACCGGCGCGCUUAAGUGCCUCGGGUGCGGCGCAAAUGUGGGAGAUACGACGUAUUCUGGGGCGUAAAUUUGGGUUGUAA